AAAGUAAAAAUAGCCAGAUAUACAGGAAUUGCUCGCUUAAUAUUAUAAUAGGAUUUCCAUGAAAUCGAAUCCAAACAUCUGAUCACUUCACAUGUGGAAAAAUAAAUAUCAAUGCAACUUAAUGGAAUUUCAUUUAUUAUGAGGUUAAUAGUCGAUCAUUUGCGGGGAGUAAUCGCAUGAAUUUAUAAAUUCGUUUGGUUAUUGAUGGAAAUUUUCAACGAAAGUCAAUCAAGAUUACCAUUUGUCGUUGCUGACGCAGAAACUGGAUCUUCGUACGUUCUCAGUAAGCUCCUCGGGAAAGGAUCAUUUGCAAAAUGUUAUUUAUCGGAAGAGGUUGAGACAGGACGACUAUUCGCUGUUAAAGUAAUAAGUAGCUUGAUUUCGAGGAAUAAGAACUACAUAAGUAAGGAGAUUGCCAUCUACAGCCUUCUUUAUCACAAAAAUAUAGUAAAUUUUAAAACAUCAUUUACUGACAACACAAAUUUUUAUAUUGUUUUAGAACUGUGUUCAAACGGAUCUUUAUCGCAGUUGAUGAAACGAAGAAACCAGCUAACAUUGGUGGAAGCCCGAUAUAUGCUGAAUCAAAUCCUGUCAGGUGUACAAUAUCUACAUAGUAAGUACAUCGUUCAUGGCGAUUUAAAGUUGGAAAAUAUUGUCCUCAACAGCCGUCUGAUACCAAAAAUCGGAGACUUUGGAGUAUCAACAUUGAUGUCUCAUAGAGAAAAUUUAGUAACAGAAUUUUGUGGAACAAUGGAGUACAUGGCACCUGAAAUUAUCUUCAAGGAAGGACACAGUUUUGCUGUUGAUAUUUGGGCUGUUGGAUGUAUUUCCUACAAACUGAUUUCUGGUAAGUUGCCGUUUGAAGCUGGUAAUGGAGAUAUUGGGAGAAAUAUUUUGAGCUGUAACUUUAAUCAUUAUCAGCCCGGACUUCGUAAACAGUUUUCCAAGUUUAUCCUGAAGAUACUGCAGAAACAUCCUGGAGAGCGUCCUGCAGCCAAAGAACUCCUGAAAGACAAAUUUCUUUCAAAUUGUUUUAUUCCAUCACGCCUCCCCGUUAGAUGCCUGUGGGAGGCUCCCACGUAUCAGGAGCUCCUUCCAUGUGGUAUGAAUCAAAGAGUCAAGAGAAAGAGUAGAAUUGGAAGGAGUUAUAAUUUGAGAAGAAAUAGAAGCUGGUCAAUGACUGGAGGAAUAAAAAAGAAAACUACAUCAAAAUUUGGUCAGAGCUUGCAUCAAAUGAUCGCGCAAUCCAUGAUUUCUUCGCGAUAAUCACUCGAUAAGUUAGUAUGUUUCCAUCAUAGCUUUUGUAGAACUAUGAAAAACUUGGUAAACAUUAACGACUUGUCAAUAAAAAAUCUGUAUGUGCAAUGCAUUUUGGUUAAACAGGAUACAAUAUGAGAAUAAUGUAUUUCAUAGCACAUGAUAAGAUCUCACUUCACUCUAUUAUUAUCAUCAGCGCUUUUCAGUGUUAUUUUUCUAGUCCCAUAAUAAGAGUAAUAUUGAUAAUAGUCACAUGUCACAUUAUGUAAUCGAAACAAAAAGAAAUGCUGU